AUGAGUUUUGAAUAUCUGUCAAAAUGUGGUGAUAUGCCAUUUGAACAACAUAAUCAAUGGCCUACAUACGAGAAGGACUUCUUCAUGGAUGUCGACAAUUACGAGUUCUACGAGGACCAUAUUGAUUUAAAUCUAAAGUUGAAUGGUCACUUAAAUUGUAACAACUUCUUGAUGGAUUCAAUCGAGGAGAUGGAAAAGUAUACAUUAAUGGAUGAGCAAGUGAUAUAUACGGAUAUUGACGCAAUUGAAGAUUCAGGACAAAUAUGUAUCCCGAGUUAUGAACUUUCCCGGCCUUCAGGUUCUACAAUCUGCCGAAUCCAAAAGCUGGUCAGAGUUGAUCUAGAGGAAAUACCUGUUGAUGGACGAAUACAUUUUUCUAGGGAGAUUUUUGACUUUGAUAUCUUCGAAUUUGAAAGUGAUUCAAAUACAACUGCUUCUGAUGAUGAGUUUUUCAACUACGAAUUAUUUCCAGAAUCUUUCAUUGACAUCCCAUAUCUCGGAGAUAACUUUUCAGGAUUUAUGCAUCUUCCUAAUGAUGUAUUUUGCCUUAGUGAACAAGAACGUGAAGAAAAAGAAAACCAAAAGCCCACAAACACCGUGGAAAUCAAUACAAAGGUCGAGAUGAUCCCAUUGGUCGGUAAAGUUAUUCAGUUUGGAAAGAUUGAAUCCAAGAUGCCAUCACCAGGCGAAAAACCUUUGAAAAUUUCUGAAGUGAUUAUGGAAAAGUUUGUUGAUGUCAUUUACAAUUUCAAUCAAUACCACUGUUUUGAUUGUGGCAAGGGGUUGAAAAACUUGUAUCAAUUGAUACUUCACUACGAGGAAGAGAGACUCUUUGAUAAAUUGAAAUUCAAAUGUGUCAUAAGAAAUUGUCCAUUUCAUGCAAUUGGUUUCGAAAGAAAAAUGAAUUUAAGAAAACACAUAAUAUCUCAACACUUCAAUAAGGAAAAACAGAUGCUAGCUUGUCAUGAGGAUGAGUUGAAUCUCAUAAAAGAGCUACUCUAUUUUUGUGAUGGCUGUGAAGGAGUAUUCUACAGGAAAGACACUUUAAAAAGGCACGAAAAACUCCAUCAAAAAUUUCUUUCUAAGAGAAGGCGUCGUGUGUGA